AAUGUCGGUUAAUUUGUCUUUGAGUUCCCUAGACACUGAAGUCUUGGCUUCACAGCUUUCUAACCGAUCAAAAUCUACAGCGGCGGUCGAAACGACUUUCUGCGUCGUUUUGAAUAUUCUGGCGUUGUUGCUCAACAUGAUCCUCUGUUGGACCGUUUACAACAACGAACGCCUUCGUCGAAUCACAAAUAUCUACGUUUUAGCUUUAGCAGCCGCGGAUCUUCUCAUGGCCUCUUUAGUCAUGCCUUUUCUGUGCGAUGUUUCGGUCAAAGGAGGUUGGACAUUUAAUUGGUUUCCAUGUCAGUUUCAAGGAUACUGGUGUGCUGUGUUGGCCUACACUGCUCAACUUUUAUUUCCUCUUGCCGCUAUCAACCGUUACACAAGAGUUUUUCAUCCUAAAAUUUACGUCACAUUUUUUAAUGACAAGAAGUACAUUUUAUUAUCGAUAGCUGUCGUUUCGCUGUGUGCCCUAACCGCCCCUUUGCCGUACCUUCUUCGCGGGCACGAAUUCGCUUUCCAUCCAGGAAUGAUGAUUUGUUUCUACACAAUCGCGAACACUAGAGAAAAACAGGCCCUAUACAGAAUCAUUUUUUUCACGGUGUUACCCAUGUUUGUGGUGACGUUCUGUUAUUUUCGCAUUUACCGCACCGUAAUACGCCAUACUAAACGCUUCCAAAACAACGUCACAACGUCUGCCGUGCGAAACGCUAGCGCUACGAACAAGCUGUCAUCCGAUGAAAUUGUCAUCACUAAAACAUUAUUUGCAAUAGUUUUAGGGUUUUUCGUUUGCUGGACACCGCUCUAUAUCAUCACGUCUAUUGACACAGCCUUCGAAGGAUAUCGCUUACCAAGACAGGUUUAUUUUCUGGCUACCUAUUUCGUUGGGUUGAGCAGCAUUGCCAAUCCUAUCAUUUUUGGAUGUAUAAACGCAAGCUUUAGAGAGGAGUGCAAGAAUUUAAUUGACGCUUUGAGGCAAAGACAUACAGAUAGAGUGCGAAAUAUUUGACGAGCAGAAAAGGUUUCUUUUAAACUUAUCAACAGCUUAGAAACGAAAAUAGAACCUGAGUCUUUAAACAUUGCGUGAUACAUUAUUUGGCACCUUUACUUGAUGU